GCUACGUCGAACGAAGUGUUCGGCCUGUUCUUUCUCAGUUCGGUGUUCAAUUCAGUAGGGCUUCAUCUUUUUUUGUGUGCGACUCACGGGAUUGUGAAUAUACGGGAGCGCAAAUAACCCUUCCGUCGACACAGGAUCAAAGCCUCUUCCUUGGUUGGAAGGAUGAAGCCGACGGGCCGCGAGUACCGUAUGACCGGCUUCGGCGAUUUCCUGGAGUGGCGCAUGCUGCGAUUCGCCGAACCUUUGCCCAAGAUCAGGGUGUGCGCACUGUGCGGCGUCGUGGCGUCCGUUGUGAAGCUGCUUCCCUGCACCCACGUGCUCUGCGAGUGCUGCGAGGGUCAGGCCAUCGACAUGGGUCGCCUCUGUCCCAUCGAGGGCGCCAGCUUCGCCGGAGAAGACUUACAGACCUUGCCGUUCUCCCGACGCGACCUGGGCGAGCGACAGGUCUUCUGCUUCAACAACACCGGACACGACAAACAAGGCGGGUGCGAUUUCAGCGGGAAGCUGGAAGAGCUCGAGCGGCACUUCAUGGUGGAGUGCUUCCACGGUGUCGUGCGCUGCUCCAAGUGCUCGGGUGAGGUCGCCCGCAAGGACGCCUUCGAGCAUUACGUCGGAUGCGUCGCAGGCGACGACUGGAGUUCCAGCGGCGUGUCCUCCGACAGCAGGGUGAGCUUCAUCCCCGAGAACAUGGCGCGCGUGGUGGCUGCGCUCAGGGAGAUACAGGAAGGUCUGAAGAAGGCUUCGCUCGACGACUCCACGGGCGACUCCAAGCUCGCCGCGCUCCGACACAGGGCCGACUCUCUCGCGAACUUGCUCGACUUCCUCAACCCUGCGAGCGAGAGUGGUGACGAGGCCGAUAGGAAGUCUCAGCGCUUUAGUUGGUGCGACUCCGAGACAGGCACGGCGACGCUCUGCAAGUUCGCGGGUGUAGCGUCUAUGCGCAAGGCCGACGACCCGGUGCUCAGACUGAGCCAGCCUCACAAGCUGGACGGGUACACCUUCACCGUGGCCUGCAAGUUCGAGAGGUCGUGGGGCAAGCUCUCGGGGGUCACCCUGCUGUUCGCCCUCUGCGCCGGCCACAAGGACGACGUCGUGGAGUGGCCGUUCGCCAAACGCGUCACACUCAGCAUCGCGCACACCAAGAAGGAUGGCAGCGACAUCCGGGUCCCAGUGAAGAUGUGUCCCGAAAAGGACGACGCGGAGUGCCUGAACAGGCCUCACGCCGACGCCGCGCCCAAGUGGAUGCACUCUGAGAUGGUCAGCUGGAAGCAGGUCGAGAAGAACGGUCUCGUUCACGAAGACUGCCUGUUCAUCGCUGUUGCCUUUGAGUAAAAAAAUAGCUUUU